GCGGCGGCAGCAGCCCGAGCAAGAGCCACGAUCGCUCGGGUUUCCAGAACUGUGGAAGGGCUGUGGCAGCGGAGCAGCUCUGUAGGGCACCUGUGAGGAGCAGAAGUAGCAAGACGAGGGGGCGGGGAACGUGCCAGCUAUCUCUGCACCCCGAGGAAGGGGGCACCUCCCAGUUGGAACCACUGCUUGGCAGAAUCUCAGCACCCAGCUGGGAACUGAUGGUAGGAGACAUGAGCAAGACCAGCUAGAGGACUGGGUCAGGUCAACGUUCGGCCCCCGUGUAGAGAGGCACCGAAAGCGGUUUCUGGGGCCAUGACAACCUCACGCCUGGACUUUGGGGAGGUGGAAACUUUUCUGGACAGGCACCCAGAGUUGCUUGAAGAUUACUUGAUGCGGAAGGGCAAGCAGGAGAUGGUGGAGAAGUGGUUGCAAAGGCACAGUCAGAGUCAGGGGACUCCCAGUCCAAGGCCCACUUUGGCUGGCACCGGUAACUUGGCUCAGGGUGGUGGCAGAGGUGGCAGCAACAUUGGUGGUGGCACUGGACCAAAUGGCUCUGCCAACAGUCAGCCCUCCCCUGGUAGUGGGGAUUGCGGUGGGAUUCCCUUGAGUCCCAGCUGGGCCAGUGGCAGCCGUGGCAAUGGGAGCCUGCAGCGGAGAGCCUCUCAGAAAGAGCUCAGGAAGAGUUUUGCUCGCUCUAAGGCCAUCCAUGUGAACAGGACCUACGAUGAACAGGUGACUUCCCGGGCCCAGGAGCCACUGAGUAGCAUGCGGCGGAGGGCGCUUCUCCGGAAGGCCAGCUCCUUGCCGCCCACCACGGCCCAUAUUCUUAGUGCCCUCCUGGAAUCAAGGGUAAAUCUGCCUCAGUAUCCCCCUACGGCCAUGGACUACAAGUGCCACCUGAAAAAACAUAAUGAGCGUCAGUUCUUCCUGGAACUGGUCAAGGAUAUUUCCAAUGACCUUGAUCUUACCAGCCUGAGCUACAAGAUCCUCAUCUUUGUCUGCCUUAUGGUAGAUGCUGACCGCUGCUCUCUCUUCCUGGUGGAAGGGGCAGCUUCUGGCAAGAAAAGCUUGGUCUCCAAGUUCUUCGAUGUGCAUGCAGGAACCCCACUGCUACCUUGCAGCAGCACAGAGAACUCAAACGAGGUGCAGGUCCCCUGGGGCAAAGGUAUCAUUGGCUAUGUUGGGGAGCAUGGAGAAACGGUCAACAUUCCCGAUGCCUACCAGGAUCGAAGGUUCAAUGAUGAAAUCGACAAGCUGACUGGAUACAAGACAAAAUCACUACUGUGUAUGCCGAUUCGGAGCAGUGAUGGUGAGAUUAUUGGUGUGGCCCAAGCGAUAAAUAAGAUUCCUGAAGGUGCUCCAUUUUCUGAAGAUGAUGAAAAAGUUAUGCAGAUGUAUCUUCCAUUUUGUGGAAUCGCCAUUUCUAAUGCUCAGCUAUUUGCUGCCUCGAGGAAGGAGUAUGAAAGAAGCAGAGCUUUGCUUGAGGUGGUUAAUGACCUCUUUGAAGAGCAGACGGACCUGGAGAAAAUUGUCAAGAAAAUAAUGCAUCGGGCUCAAACCCUAUUGAAAUGUGAGCGUUGUUCUGUUUUACUCCUAGAGGACAUUGAAUCACCAGUGGUGAAGUUUACUAAAUCCUUUGAAUUGAUGUCCCCUAAGUGCAGUGCUGAUGCUGAGAACAGUUUCAAAGAAAGCAUGGAGAAGUCAUCACACUCCGACUGGCUAGUCAAUAACAGUGUUGCUGAGCUGGUGGCAUCCACAGGCCUCCCCGUGAACAUCAGUGAUGCCUACCAGGAUCCUCGCUUCGAUGCUGAGGCUGACCAGAUAUCUGGUUUUCACAUAAGAUCUGUUCUCUGCGUCCCAAUUUGGAAUAGUGGCCACCAAAUAAUUGGAGUGGCUCAGGUGUUAAAUAGACUUGAUGGGAAGCCUUUUGAUGAUGCAGAUCAAAGACUUUUUGAGGCUUUUGUCAUCUUUUGUGGCCUUGGCAUCAACAACACAAUCAUGUACGAUCAAGUGAAGAAGAGCUGGGCCAAGCAGUCCGUGGCUCUCGAUGUACUAUCAUACCAUGCGACCUGCUCAAAAACUGAAGUUGACAAGUUUAAGGCAGCCACCAUCCCUCUGGUGUCAGAACUUGCCAUCGGUGACAUACAUUUUGAUGACUUUUCUCUGGACGUUGAUGCCAUGAUCACCGCCGCUCUUCGGAUGUUCAUGGAGCUGGGGAUGGUACAGAAAUUUAAAAUUGACUAUGAGACACUGUGUCGGUGGCUUUUGACAGUAAGGAAAAACUACCGGAUGGUGCUGUACCACAACUGGAGACACGCCUUCAAUGUGUGCCAGCUGAUGUUUGCAAUGCUGACCACCGCUGGGUUUCAGGAGAUUCUGACCGAGGUGGAAAUUUUAGCAGUGAUUGUGGGCUGCCUGUGUCAUGACCUCGACCACAGGGGAACCAACAAUGCCUUCCAAGCUAAGAGCGGCUCUGCCUUGGCCCAACUCUAUGGAACCUCUGCUACCUUAGAGCAUCACCAUUUUAACCAUGCCGUCAUGAUCCUUCAAAGUGAGGGUCACAACAUCUUUGCUAAUUUGUCCUCCAAGGAAUAUAGUGACCUUAUGCAGCUUUUGAAGCAGUCAAUAUUGGCAACAGACCUCACGCUGUAUUUUGAGAGGAGAACUGAAUUCUUUGAACUUGUCAGUAAAGGAGAAUAUGAUUGGAACAUCAAAAAUCAUCGUGAUAUAUUUCGAUCAAUGUUAAUGACAGCCUGUGACCUUGGAGCCGUGACCAAACCGUGGGAGAUCUCGAGACAGGUGGCUGAACUUGUAACAAGUGAGUUCUUUGAGCAAGGUGAUCGGGAGAGAUCAGAACUCAAACUCACUCCUUCAGCUAUUUUUGAUCGGAACCGAAAAGAUGAACUACCACGGUUGCAACUGGAAUGGAUCGAUAGCAUCUGCCUGCCUUUGUAUCAGGCAUUGGUGAAGGUCAAUGUGAAACUGAAGCCAAUGCUGGAUUCAGUGACUGUGAACAGAAGUAAGUGGGAAGAAUUGCACCAGAAAAGACUGCUGGUUCCAGCGGCCUCCCCCUCCUCUGCCAGUGUCAUGGUGACUGGGGAAGACAGAAACUAACCCUCCAUGUCUGCUGUUGCUGCAAAAUGACCGCCAGCUUUGGCAGUAGCUCCAGUUUGGGUCCCACCACACCAUCUUUUGUUCCUUUACGCUCAGACAGACCUAAAGUCUCAGGGAUGCUCUGCAGGCAUGCCUAGGCUUUCGCCUUGAAAAGUAGUCAGCAGGGGAGACCGGGACAGGAAGGACAGAGGAGGAGGUGGGUCUGGGAACACAGACUACAGCUUUCCCUAAUGAGCACCCAGGGCUGAGACAGGCUCCGGGCAGAGGACCCAGAUAGUCGGCCCGGUGCACGCUGGAAGGUGCACAGAGCAGUGAAGAUGUCAUUAGCAUUGCUUCGUUUUGUUACAAGCUAAACAGUGCCUGCUUUCCAUCCUCUCCUGAGCGCCCUUUGUGCCAGACUUCCAAAGAAUCCCAAUUUGUAUGUUAAUUCUAAAACUUCUUAGUGAUAAAUCAGAGCCUUUAGAUUGCCUACCAAAAAGAAAAAUUAUAUUACCUUACAAAUUAGACCACUUUCAGCUUCCCUUUAAAAGGCUCAUAGUAGAA